GCAAUUAAAAGUUAUUUAUUCGGUCUGUGUUUUCCGCAUUUCACCAUGAUCACAAUUCGAAGAGCUCGUUGUGAUGACCUCUUGAAGAUGCAGCAAGCCAACCUACUUUGCUUGCCAGAAAACUACCAAUUUAAAUAUUAUUUGUACCAUAUCCUGACCUGGCCGCAGCUAUCUCAAGUGGCCAUUGACUCAAAAAGUAAUGUAGUGGGCUAUGUUCUCGCAAAAAUGGAUGAAGAAGAAACAACAUAUCCGCAUGGGCAUGUCACCUCCCUGGCAAUUCUCAGAUCAUACAGGAGACUGGGGUUGGCAACAAAUCUAAUGAAGCUAUCUCAGAAAACGAUGCGUGAAGUGUACAAUGCACAAUAUUGCCUUUUGCACGUUCGUAAAGGAAACAAGGCAGCAUUGAAGUUAUAUCAAAAUACACUUGGAUUUAAAAUUCACAGUGUUGAGCUAAAAUACUACGCAGAUGGAGAAGAUGCAUAUUGCAUGAAAAAAGUUUUCGGUCAGACCAAAGAAAAGUCAGACUAGAAGCAAGCCAAGUAGGGUGUUAGUUUAAAUAUUGUUCUUGAUGAGCGGAAUGCUGAAUCUGUAAAUGUGAGACCCGAUACUUCGUGGUCGUGUUAUGAACACAUAUUCAAAUAAAAAAUAUUAUAUAGCAAACAAA